CAAGACGUAAUAUUAAAGAUUUCUUAGAACGAAACACCAUCGUCAUGACAGACUGUCCAGUAACAUUUAGCGCCGGUGACUACGAGAUGACUCAACAUUAUAACAAGGACGAUUCGAAGGUGUAUAUUAGAGUAAAGUUGACYGAUUCGGCUUACCGCGCCAUCGAAGAAUAUCAACAUUAUUCGAACACAAAUCACUUUACAAACGAGCAGAAUCCCAAAAUGAAAAUGACCGGUAAUACCGGUAUAAUCAGCAUACCCACAAUUGGCAAUGAAGCGGGCGUCAAUUUUGGUUUCUCAUUGGAUGCGGUUCAAGAAUCGAUGGAGGCCAUACAACAGACCGUCGAAGGUCUCAACAGUCUCGGUCCCAUUACUCACAGUAUGCGCAUUCAUGCUAAUGAAGAUGUUUUCGCCGAAACACGCACCAAAAUGGCUAUGUCAGAAGAGUCGGAGCGCAGCAAAGGCACAAAAGUGAUUAAACCCAAUAAAAAUGWGAUCGGUCGCAAAGUGAAGAAACCAGUGUCGACUUUAUCGAGCCAGCAUGUGGCCCACCACCAGGAUCGCAACAAGGCGUGCCCUGAACUGCCGGCACUUGGUGUUACGGAAAUGAGYAAAGUUGUGCUUAAUGUUAAAACUAACGAAACUGAUUUCGUACGACCAGUGAGCAAACCAGUGAAUGUGGAUACAAGAUUUGAACAUAAUAAAACUGGCAGCGCUUCAUCGAAACRUAAUGGUAAAUCCUCUCAUAAACACGAUAGUAAGGGAAAUACAUUAUCUUCAUUACCGCUUCUAACGAGCCCCUCAAAACCAUCAUUCACGCUGACGAAUGGAAGUCAUCGUGAGCGCAAUAUUGCCAGUAAUACAUUAACUUCAUUUCCUCUUCUCGCGACACCUUCACAACCAUCUUCCCAGCAGACCAAUGAAAAUGUUAUUUCAAGUAACAAAGAAUCUGCCGGACUGACAGCACCUGAUUUUGUUCGUUCGCUGACCAAGCCAAGGGAUAUAGAUACGAGAUCUGAUCACAAAAGACAUAGCCGUACUGCGUCGAAAGGUAAUGGUAAAUCCUCUCAUCCGCGUGAUAGCAUAAAUAAUACGUUGCCUUCGUUGCCGCUUCUAACGACCUCCUCAAAGCCAUCAUCCACGCUGACGAACGGGAAUCAUCGGGAAAGCAAUAUUGCGAGUAACCACUUACCUUCGUUACCGCUUCUAACGACCUCCUCACAGCCAUCUUCUAGCCUUCUAAAUGGAACUUCAGUGGUUAAGAAAAAUGACAAAGAGGUAAAAUCCCAACACCCUACUAGUGCCAAGGCAAAAUCUGCGCAACGGAAAGCCGUGGACAAAAAAAGCGGUAAAAAAUCGACAGCUAAAGGCAAGCAACCCGAUAUAACACGUUGUAAAAUAAAGGAACGUCUCAUACAAAUGUUGGCKGUUAAGCCGUAUAAGAAGCUUGAGCUUUAUACUCGUCUACAAAACGAGGGCUUACGUGAUGCUGAACGCCAAGCYAUUAGUAUCAUAUUGCGUGAGAUAGCGUUCUUACGCGACAACGCUUUCAAUUUGCGACGUCACAUAUGGAAUAUUGUGAAGGAAGACUGGCCGUUUUAUAAUGARGAGGAACUGCAGCAGCUGAAAGAGAAUAAACCUAAAGACUUGACGCCACCAAUAAGUUCAGAUGCAGCGAGCCCACCUUUACUGAGCUCGCCCAGUCCAACACAAGUGACCCCAAACAGUGACUUUAACUAUGGCAACAGUUUGAAGCGCCCUGGUGAAGUCUACCAAAAUCCCGUGCCAUUCAAAAAACAACGCAUAAGUCAUGUAAAGACAARAGAACGUGUAGGUAAACACAUGAGYCCAACUAGCGAAAAUGCAUUAGUAUAUAACAGAAACACAGAGGCUGUCGUAGCUAAUAAAGUGUUCAACGGUACAGAAAUCACCGCCAAUCAAAACAAUUGUGAGAAUASCAGCGGCGCUUCUGAUCAGCACCUACCAACCGAGAGUAAGUCAGCGAAAUAUUCGGCACCUCUUACCGGCAGACACCCAACCGAACGUGUGGCGGAAGACAGGAAGACCAGCGGAAAAAGCAAAAGCCGCAACUCUAAAAAAUCUUCGGCUACUGAAGCCGUUGAGCAGCCGGCCGAGAUUGUGAGYACGGAUAAAAGAAGCAGCAGUAGCAAACGCAGGUCAAGUAAGCCAAAGGGUAGCACCAGGAGCGAUGCCGUGGGUACUGACACACAAAACAAAGAGCACUCUGCAGCUGCUGUUGCCGUUAAUCAGCCAGCUGACAAUGUGAGUGGGCACAAGAAAAGUAGCAACAGYAGAAACAAGGCAGAUAAGACCAAGAAAUCGUCAACUUCUGUUUCUGAAAAUCAAUCGGUCAUAAGCGCCGAUAAGAGCAGCAAUAAAAAUAAGUCAAGUAAUUCUACGAAUAGCAAAGAGAGUAACACUUAUAGUACUCAAACCGCAAAGCCACAAGAAGGUAGUCGGUCAARGCUCAGUAAAAAUAGGGAUACAACGCAAAAAAGCAAAUGUAAUAAUAAAGUUGAUCUACCAGCGAGCUCCAGAAAACAGACAUCAAAACCACAGAUGACUGUGCCACCAUUCACGAAUCACAAACUUGAAACUCCGAAGGAAGUAGAACAACAGAGUCCUCGAACCGCGAAGCCACUACAACAAAUCACACUGCACGAGCCAGUAGCGCACGAUUCCACCACCUUUGAAGCUCGCAAGCAUAGAGAACAACAAAGUUCUCAACACAUUUUGCCACAACAGCGGCUCCAACAGCAAUGCACAUCUCAAGUACCCGCAGCAUGCCGGUCCGAUACAUUUAAUGCUCACAACCAUGUAGAACAAGCGAGUUUUCGACACGUGGAGCCGCAACAGGAAGUCCAACAGCAAAUCAGAUGUGAAGAACCUGUAGCACAGCCUUCCAUUGUGUCCGACGCACACACUGCUGAGCCACAAAGCCRCUUUGACUUCAGCGCAUAUACUCCGAUCACAUGCGUUGAACAGCGACGCCUUUACAAAGCCGAAUUCGAAAGUCACUUCGAGGAAUACGACCAGCUGUCAAAGAGCGUCGAACAAGUGCGCCGUGACUUUCAUAUAUUAGUACAACAAUUAGAGCAACUGCCACCAGACAGUCCCAUCUAUCAACAUAUYCAACAACAGAUUGAGAUGGAAUACGAGCGGCUAAAUAGUGUGGAGCAGAAACAACGGAAGCUAAGGUUUGACUACCUGCAAGCCAAAUUAGCRUACAUAACGCAGCUUGUAAACGAUUACGAUCAGAAGUUGAAAGCUGAAUCGGCUGCAAUUGAUGCGGCUGUGCUACAACACCAGCUACUUCAGCAGCAGCAACAAAUGUUACCAAUAACACCGAUUGAGGAGCCGAAAGAGAUAUACGCGUACGCUAUGAAUAGCUGUACGCAAGUGCUGACUGCACCUGCUCACUCAAAUAACGGACAUAUACCGGUCUCAAUGAAGACUGAUAUUGAGAACGAAGUUGAAGUUGCUCCACAACCAACACCACAAGUAUCGGCAUACAAUAUACAACAGAACACCACGAAUAGUGUGGCUUUUCGAGGCGCACAAUUCAUUCCACAACAACAACAGUACCAAGAAAUGGGUCAUCGAAGUUACCAAACGCAUGGUGAUAAUGAUUUAUCAGAUUCGGACGAUUCGGACGAUUCGUCCUCUAGUGAAGAAGAACUAGCRUCUUUUCAAGACUCACAAUUCAUUCCACAACAACAACAGCACCAAGAAAAUGGUCAUCGAAAUUGCCUGAAGCAUGGUGAUAAUGAUUCAUCAGAUUCGGACGAUUCGUCCGACUCUAGUGAUAGCUCAAACUCAGAACUAUCGUCUUUUCAACGCUCACAAUGCAUUACACAACAACCCCAGCAUCAAGCAAGAAGAUACCAAAAUUUCCAGGAGAAUGAGAAUGAAUUAUCAGGUUCGGACGAUUCGUCCGACUCUAGCUCGAGUGAAUCAGAAGACUCUGACUCAGAUAAUGUUGCCGAGUGAAGCAACACAUUGCCAAUAGUUAGCUGUCAGAUCGUCGAGCCAUUCAUCAUCGAAUAUUAUUAGCUGUUAAAUUUAAGUAAAAGAAUUUAAGUAAAAGUAUUUAAGUAAAAGUAUUUAAAAAAUUGGAUUUAUAAAGA